AAAUAAAAUACAUUCAUAUAUUCUUUCGCAUUAUUGAAGAUAAGCAUUUUUUAAAAAUUGGUUUAAGAGAUCUGAUGUCAGUAAGGAAACUUCUUCAAUCGACUCGUAUAAUAAUCUGCUGAGAAUGCCUGUUUGUGUUUGUAAUACAUUGUGGACAUUGACAUGUAUUGUAGCAGUAACUGUGUUGUAUCAUUUUACAACAAUAUUUGUUUGGACAGUAACAACUGGAUUAGUUGUGCUAAUCUUAUUUCUCGUAAUAAGUGAAGAUAACCAUGGUAGCGAUUGUUUAAAAGCUGGAAUAUUUGGAUCAUUGCUGGCUGUUGUUUUUGUGGUUGUGUUACCCAUGUUGGCAAAGGGUUUACACUAUGGAUACACUUCCACAACAUGUUACUUCAAUGAAUGUUGCGACGACAAUUGGAUCUCUCCAAAUAUAAGUGGCCUUUCCUUCCAACUUAACAAAAAAUUGUACGGUCAACACCUAGUGAUUGGUCCUUUGGUGAAACAUCUUAGAGGUCAUGUUGAAGGGCAACAUCAAAAAGCAACAAUACUUUCUUUACAUGGUCUGCCUGGAACGGGGAAAAACUUCGUGAGUCGCAUGGUGGCAGAAAACAUGUAUGUCAAGGGAAUGGAGAGCAAAUACGUUCAUCUCCUUUCAGCAACGAAAGAUUUUCCUCAUGAAAGUAUGCUAGAAGAAUACAAGGAAACCCUGAAAAUGAAGAUAGAAACAGCUGGUAAAGAAUGUUCAAGGUCACUCUUUAUCAUUGAUGAAAUGGAUAAAUUACUUCCUGGUUUGAUUGACACUAUCCGCCCUUACGUUGACUACUACGACCACGUGGAAGGAACAUACUUUAAGAAACUCCUAUUUCUCUUCUUAAGUAACACGGGCGGAGACAGUCUUGCUAAACAUGCUCAAGAAAAUCAUGCUCGUGGAAACAGUAGAAAAGAACUGAGACUAAAGGAAAUGGAAGAAAUUGUACGGACGUCAUUGUUAAAUGAACCAAAUGGUAUGGUAAACAGUAGCAUCGUCAAGAAUAGCCUUAUUACCGCUUAUAUCCCAUUCCUGCCAUUGGAAAGGAAACAUGUGGAAAAAUGCAUUGUAGACGGACUAUUUGCAAGAGGAUUUUAUGCGUAUGAAUACCAAGAUAAUAAAUUAGUGAAAUCAAUUGCAGAGGAAAUGUUGUACUUUCCUGAAUUUAAUAAGUUAUUUUCAACAACUGGUUGCAAACGUGUUAUGGAGAAAAUUGAUUUAUAUUGGAAGAGGAUAAAAUUUGACAUUUUCGUGCGAUUGUUUCGUUAGAUUUGACAUGCAUUUAUUUUAAAGAUCCUGGAUGUUGUGAUCAAAGUGGUAAACCAUACAAAGUGAAAUUAUAUAGAUGUACAUAAUUAUGCAAAUAAAACAAUUUUCAAACAUGGAGUAAUAUGUAAAAUAUGUACUGCAAAUAAUUUUGCAUAUUAUAUGUAAUCAUUAAAAUAUAUGCAUUCAUUUCGUAUUGCAAAAUUUGACUUAAACUUUAUAUAGAAAAUAAAGUUUUUAUUACCUCCCUUUAUUUACAUGAAAUGUUAAAUUCGGUAACAUCUUUAUAAAUAAUGCCUUUUGGAACCUACGAUAUUGAUAAAUCUUAAUUUCAGCAUCAUAUUUAUGAUUUAAAACCAUAAAAAAUUGUAUUAUAGGAUCUUUAAACAAAUUUUAUUUCUCAGAAUAUAUACGAUAUACAUGUUUCAAUUUGCAAUAUACACAAAGCAUUUCAAAUAAUCGUACAAAAUAGGAUUAUAAUAGAAGACCAAGUGUCUUGCCAUAUUCUUCUCCAUAUUGA